AUGCAGUCUGUGCUAACGAGCAAAAUGGCGCUUAACAGUAAAUGGAUAUACUUAAUUCUACUUCCGAUGUAUUUCUUUAGUGAAGUUUGGUGCAUACGCUGUUACUAUUGCAACAGCGCAAAUAACACAGCCUGUUUAGAUGUAAACCUGUAUUCAGAGGAGAUACGAUCACGCAUCGUACCUAUUGUGACCUGCGAAACAGCCAUACCCAGUCCCGGGGGCUACAAUUUCUUCUGCAGAAAAAUUGUUCAGACCAUUUUCCAUUCGAACCGUCAGUCUGAUGUCCGGGUGACCCGCGGCUGCGGCUGGAUUCGCCACGACUACCCCUGUUACCGUGAAGACAACGGUGACCACCUGGGAACCGUCUGCCAGUGCUUCGAUGACUAUUGCAAUACUUCUGACCGGGUGGAACCCGCCUCAAUGGCAGGCUUGUUCUUCUUGUUUGCUGCCGUUUUGUAUGUCUGGCAUUGA